GUUGAAGGCGCCGAGUAAUCUAACCCCGGUUUUCUACAAGUGACGAACCAGUCUGGUUCGAUGAAAACAUUUUGAAAGCCGCUUUCAGUCUGGCGCCUCUCUUCUCAAAAAUUUGGCUCCAAACAUAUAAUAUAGUCUCUAUAGAGAGAAAGGGUGUUGGAGUUUGAGAGAGAAUCUGGAACAUGGAUGCUCCUCUUGACUUUGAAUUUGAAGACCCACUUCUCAAUUCUCCUGUUAUUGUCAAGAAAAGCAAGAAAGUUAUUGGCUUGGAUGAUCUUUUGACUGAUCACUACCAGGAGAAAAGCAAAGUGAUAGAGAGGGAAUCUAAACGAGCAAAAGCAAAGAAAAAAUAUGAUUCAGAUGAGGAUGAUUUUGACAAAGAAGCUUUACUAUCAAAACAAAUUAAUGAAUGCCACAAUCAGAUGCAAGAAAUGAGUGGUGAGGCAGAGAUUGCCACGUGGGGUGUACAUGUUUUUGGCACUCAGAAACCCCUUCCAGUUCUUACACUGCCUGAGCUUGGAAGUUGCUCACUUUUGCGGUCUUUCAUGAGCAGCGAGCUCAACUCUUUGGUUGAACUCACCACAGAAAAAGUGGAAACGUUUCUUGAAGGACUAUUAGUAAAUGGUUGGCUCUCAAAAUUGGUCAACACAUGUAGCUAUAUGGAAAAAUCAAUAGCUAAAUGGACAUUCUAUUUGAUGUUAUAUUCAUCAAAAGAAAAGUUGAGAGCAUCUGCCUGUGACUUCUGGUGCAACAUUCUUUUUCCUCGGGUUAAGACCGAGAAGCUGCCUAUCAGAAUCGAGUGGUUUCCCAGUUACUGUGAGCUGAGAAGUGCUCUCGAAACAUAUGGAUUUCUCUUCAAUUAUUUGUCACGGACAGAAUCAAUAAUCAACAAUUCAGGGGUUAGAGGGCCACCUAAAAAUAUUAGAGCCUGGAUCAAAUUUGUAGCUGCCUGUUGUUGUGUCAGGAACAAACGGCCUGUAUUUUCAACUUCAGAAGCUGAGGAACUAGUUGAAGUUGCUGUUUUCCUUUCCUCAGAUCGCCAGCUUGAAGGUUUACUGGUGCUUUUGGAUGAAUUUGUGCAAUCAGUUAUCAGUUACUUCACAGAUGAAGAAUGGAAUAUCAGCUGUGAAAAGAUAGCAAGAUCCAUCUCUUGCAGAAGGGUGGAUGUACACUCUUUGCUCAUAUCCUUUGCUUGCAGAAGCCCCAGGGACUUGAACUGUUUGCAGACUGUGGAAUGCAUUUCAGGAGUUAGCACUCGUGGCAAUCACCUGAGGAGUGCGAUUUCUUAUCAGAUUCUGCUUAAUUGUUUCGAUAAUAAGGCUUCCAACGAAGAAGAGAUCCUGAGUUUCCUCAUAUCCAUAAACGUGAAAGACCGAAGUUGUGAUCUUUUCCAGAUGUACAUUUACCUGGUUUUGACUGAAAACUGGCUCUUGUCCAAUCCAAUGUUUGAACUCAAGCCAGUGAUCUAUGAAAUGUGGGGUGUUUAUCUGCGAAACUGUUCUUGCCAAAUCACAAGCACAGAUAUGAGGCCCUAUGCAUCCAAGGUCCGCACUAAAGCUUCGUAUAUUCUAUUUGGCACCACCAAUAAAUAACUAUUAUAAAUCUUCUGAUGGAAUACAAGGUAUAGGUGCUGAAAUGUAGCAGAAAGGAAAUAAAGAGUAUAUCCACAUGUGAAUUAAAAGAAACAAGAUUGCAAUUAUUUAUUAGUGCAUCAAGAUACUGCAUUCACUACAUUUCCUCUGUCGGGACUGUACUUCAUGGAUUGCACCAUUUUCAAUUUGUGCAGAAUAACAUGACAUGCUGAAGCUUUUCCAAACUUAACCACAUAGCAUUUCAUGUUUACAGGGAAGUCUGAAAUUUGAACCCGCUGUACAAGUUCUAAGCAUUCAAAAUACAAUCUCCUUUUGAAUUCUUUAAACCUGCUGAUUCCCAAGCUGAGUUGUGGGAGAAUUAAAGGAAAGUUUGGCAGGAUUUGGUUUGGUUAGGCAAUCCCUAGUAAUCAUAUCUGUAUAAAUGGUGCAUUCAGAAGAGAUUCCACCGUACUGUACGAAUAUUUAAGUUCCAGGAGGGAACAAAUGGCGCAGCGCUUCUCCCCGCCUCAAUUUUUAUAUUGAAGUCAGGUUUUAUUGCUUUUGUAUUAAGAUGGUUAUGUUGGGGUGGUUUUAGGGGGCUUAACCAAUCAUUUUAUGCCCACCUCAAAUCAUUUGUUCAAUAACAUUAGGUGUUUGUAAAAUUGGCAUAAAAUUUUAUGCAAGAAAAUUGAACCCAAA